AUGGAGGAACGGAUGGAGGAGGAAACACCAACAGCCCAGGACACAGGAGGCCACCACCCCGUGCGGGAAGGAGAGGUGUUCAACACGCGGUACCAGGCUCUGCGCAAGCUGGGCUGCGGCACCUUUGCCACCGUCUGGCUGUGCCAGGACAUGAGGAGGAAGAAACAGGUAGCUGUGAAGGUCCUGAGGAGCAGGGAAGGGUUUGCUGAGGCUGCCCAGGAUGAGGUCGCUCUCCUCCGCUGUGUGAGCAGCAUGAGGAAGACCGACCGGGCAGGAGAAAACAUCAUCUGUUUGUUAGAUGACUUCAGAAUGAUUGGAGAGAACGGCUUCCAUGUGUGCUUGGUAUUUGAGGCGCUGGGUCCUUCCCUACGGUGUCUGAUGGGUAACUACACAGCCCAGGGACUGCCUCUGCCCUUUGUGAAAAGGUCCUUACAGCAGGUGCUGGCAGGGCUGCACUUCCUGCACGAGCGCUGCCGCAUCAUCCAUGCGGACAUCAAACCGGAGAACGUCUUGUUGCAUGGACAUGACAGAAGCCUCCAAAGGAUUCUGCCCAAUACACUUGAUUGCGGCCAAGGAACAGAUCUGAGGCUAAAAGGACCAGGGGAUGCUCUUGGCAAUCAGUUGGAAGAAUCUGAUUUAAUGAGCAUAGAAGUGAAAAUCGCAGACCUGGGCAGCGCGUGCUGGACGUACAAGCCUUUUUCCAAGGAGAUACAGACCCAGCCAUACCGUGCCCUGGAAGUGCUUCUUGGAUUAGACUAUGGCACUCCUGCGGAUAUCUGGAGCACAGGCUGCCUGGCAUUUGAAAUGGCGACUGGGGAGCGUCUGUUUGAUCCUCAACCUGGGAAGUAUUUCUCCAGAGAUGAUGAUCACGUUGCUCGUAUUAUUGAACUCCUGGGAAGAAUUCCUCCUCAAAUUGCUUACUCCUGGAACAAGUCAACAAAUUUUUUCAGCAGGCCAG